AUGGGCGGCAAACAGAAUGAUGAAGUGCAGGGGCACAUUCCUGGGCAGGCUAACAAGCCUUUGACUGCCCCUGCUCACGCGUUGGAGAUUCAAGAUGUUGUAGAACAGUUGGCUGCCGAUGUUGAGGUUGGUUUGAGCAACGUAGAGGCGAAGAAGCGCCUGGAAGAAUAUGGUUACAAUGAAUUCGGUGAACAAAAAGGGGUUCAGCCGUUGAAAAUUUUCAUUGGACAAAUUGCGAAUGCUUUGACACUGGUGCUUAUUUUGGCAAUGGCUGCGUCUUUUGGCAUCAAGUCGUGGAUUGAAGGUGCUGUCAUCACUGCUGUUAUCAUUCUCAACAUCAUCGUUGGUUUUCUGCAAGAAUUCAAGGCAGCGAAAACCAUGGACUCUCUCCGAUCUCUUAGUUCUCCAACUGCGCAGGCUAUUCGAAACGGAAACAACGAGACUGUUGUCACGGCAGAGAUUGUCCCCGGAGACAUUGUGGAGCUGAAGACGGGUGACACUGUCCCGGCUGAUAUUCGACUUGUUGAGGCUGUCAACUUUGAAACAAACGAAGCUCUGCUAACUGGGGAAUCGCUUCCCGUACGCAAGGAACCACUUCCGACAUAUGAUGCAGAUACCGGACCAGGUGACCGCCUCAACGUAGCCUACAGCUCUUCUACCGUCACCAAGGGCCGAGCACGUGGUGUGGUGUUCGCCACUGGCCUCUAUACUGAAAUUGGCCAAAUUGCAGCAGCACUUCGUGGCAACAACUCCCGUCGUCGUGAGCCCAAGCGACGCAAGGAUGGGACAACCUCUAUUGGCAGAUAUAUGCAAGCCUGGACCUUGACCUUGACAGAUGCGGUUGGUCGCUUCCUCGGUGUCAAUGUUGGCACUCCCCUUCAGAAGAAGCUGUCGAAGCUGGCAUUGCUACUCCUUGGCACUGCCAUUGUCUGUGCAAUUAUCGUCUUGGCCACGAAUCAGUUCGACACGCGGCAAGAAGUCAUCAUUUAUGCAGUCGCAACUGGCCUGUCCAUGAUCCCAGCCUCCCUGAUUGUAGUCCUCACCAUCACCAUGGCCGCAGGUACGAAGCGUAUGGUUCAACGCCACGUUAUUGUUCGCAACCUCAAGAGUCUCGAGGCUCUCGGUGCGGUCUCUAACAUCUGCUCCGAUAAGACUGGAACUCUUACGCAGGGUAACAUGAUUGUCAGGAAAGCUUGGAUUCCCGGUCGCGGCACUUACUCAGUCGGCACUACCAGCGAGCCUUUUAACCCGACUGUAGGGCAGUUGGGUCUAAAUCCCUCCCAGCCCAAGGAUAUCAACUUCCGUGACGACAAUGCUGAUGGCGAGCCCAUCGGCGGCGACGACAGUGUUGCCAAUGAUGCGAUCCUUCGAGAAUACCUCAACGUAGCCUCCCUUGCCAAUCUGGCCUCUGUACACAAGGUAAACGAUGAAUGGCGCGGUCGCGGUGACCCCACCGAGAUUGCUAUCCAAGUUUUUGCCUCACGUUUCAACUGGAAUAGACUUCGUCUUUCUACCGGUGAGGGUUCCCAAUGGCACCAGGUGGCCGAGUUUCCCUUUGAUUCUGACGUGAAGAGGAUGUCCGUCAUUUUCGAAAACAGGGAAACUAAGAAACAGUGGCUGUUCACAAAGGGAGCUGUUGAGCGCCUUCUCAGCUCAUGCACUCGCUAUACCGUAGGCGAUGAAAUCCAGGAACUCGAUGAGAACAUCAAAAGCGAUGUGCUUGGAAAUAUGGAAACGAUGGCUCGUCUUGGUCUCCGUGUUUUGGCCUUUGCUAGUCGAACCGACUUUGCCCAUGUCGAGGAUAACGAGGCCGAGCUGGAGCGUGGCGAGUUUGAAAAAGACUUGACCUUCCGCGGGCUCAUCGGUCUCUAUGACCCUCCUCGUCCUGAAUCAGCUCCUUCUGUUCGGAAAUGCCACGAGGCUGGUAUUAGCGUCCAUAUGUUAACUGGAGACCACCCUGAAACUGCUCGUGCUAUCGCUCUUGAAGUCGGCAUUCUUCCCACCAGGAUGAACGAGAUUGCUGCCGACGUGGUCAAGACUAUGGUGAUGGCCGCAUCGGAUUUUGAUAAACUGACUGACGAGCAAAUUGACGAGCUCCCUCUUCUGCCUCUUGUUGUCGCCCGAUGCGCCCCCCAGACCAAAGUUCGCAUGAUCGAGGCUCUCCACCGCCGCCGAUGCUUUGUUGCCAUGACGGGGGAUGGAGUCAAUGAUUCUCCCAGUCUGAAACAAGCUGAUGUAGGCAUCGCCAUGGGUCAGGUCGGUUCUGAUGUUGCCAAGGAGGCAUCUGAUAUUGUUCUCAUGGAUGACAAUUUUGCAUCGAUCCUCAACGCCGUGGAAGAAGGCCGACGCAUGUUUGACAAUAUUCAGAAGUUCAUUUUGCACGUCUUGGCCGAAAACAUUGCCCAAGCAUGUACACUUUUGAUCGGGCUGGUGUUCAAGGACAAGCGUGGCAUCUCUGUUUUCCCUCUAGCCCCAGUCGAAAUUCUCUGGAUCAUUAUGAUUACAUCUGGCAUGCCCGACAUGGGUCUGGGGUUCGAAAUAGCUGCCCCGGAUAUCAUGCAACGGCCUCCUCAAAAUUUGAAGCAGGGUGUUUUCACUCCCGAGUUAUUAAUCGACAUGAUGGUAUACGGUCUUUGGAUGUCUGCACUCUGCCUGGCAUCCUUUAUCCUCGUUCUCUACGGUUUCGGAAACGGCGCGGAUGAUCUCGGUGACAACUGCAACAACGAGUACUCGGAUGAGUGCAAGGCUGUCUUUCGCGCACGGGCUACCACUUUCGCUUGUCUUACCUGGUUCGCCCUGUUCCUGGCUUGGGAGAUGGUGAAUAUGCGACGGUCGUUCUUCCGCAUGCAACCCAAGAGCAAGAAGUACUUUACACAAUGGAUCCUUGAUGCGUGGCGCAACAAGUUUCUCUUCUGGUCUAUUGUUGCGGGCUUCGUCAGCAUGUUUCCCAUCAUUUACAUUCCAGGACUCAACACGGUUGUAUUCAAGCACUCGGGCAUCAGCUGGGAGUGGGGAAUCGUCUUUGUCGAGGCAAUUUUGUUCUUCCUCGGCAUUGAAUCGUGGAAAUGGGCCAAGAGGGUGUACUUUCGCCGACAGGCAAGAAAGAUGUCUGACAAGAGAGCAGACCUGGAAGCGCGCGUGUUUGGCCAGUACUUUCGGGCUGGAAUCGAAUCAAGUGACGUGGAGAGCGGCUCCAAUUCUGACGGUGGCGAGGCCCUCCGUGAGAAGGUUGGGUGCCAUACCUGCAGCGACGAGGACGGAAAGCGAGCUCAAUGA